GAUAAAAAAUAAACGCACUGUGAGUCUGUGAAUUCUUCUCGGCUUCGACUUCCGGAUUUAGGGGAAGAGAUGAAUUCUGAAAUCCCUUGAGAGAAAAUUUUCUUUCGCCUCUCAAAACAUUUUCAAUUCCCGCCAAUUUUCUUUUCCGAGAAUAUCCCCAACCUUCUACAAACCCUAAUUUAGUUAAUUUUCAUUCUCCACUGCUUUCUCUGAAACCAACUCGAGAUCUCUCCAAUCAUGCCUGCGAUACAAACCCCAUCGGGGAAGAUCUUGCAGCUUGAGAUGGAGAAUUUCAAAUCUUACAAGGGUCACCAAUUGGUUGGUCCUUUCAAGGAUUUCACUGCUAUUAUUGGUCCCAACGGUGCUGGCAAAUCUAACCUAAUGGACGCUAUUAGCUUUGUGCUCGGUGUUCGUACCGGUCAACUUCGUGGUUCUCAGCUUAAGGAUCUUAUCUACGCUUUUGAUGACCGUGACAAGGAACAGAGAGGUCGGAGAGCGUUUGUUCGCCUCGUUUAUCAGAUGGACGAUGGUGUAGAGCUUCAUUUCACUCGUACUAUUACUAGCGCUGGUGGGAGUGAGUACCGUAUCGAUAAUAGGGUUGUGAAUUUGGAUGAGUACAAUGGGAAGCUACGAUCUCUAGGGAUACUUGUUAAGGCUCGUAAUUUCUUGGUGUUUCAGGGUGAUGUUGAAUCUAUUGCCUCGAAGAAUCCAAAAGAACUUACUGGACUCCUCGAAGAGAUUUCUGGGUCCGAGGAGCUUAAGAAAGAGUAUGAAGAACUAGAAGAAAAGAAGGCCAGCGCUGAAGAAAAAGCAGCUCUUAUAUACCAGAAGAAGAAAACUAUAGGGAAUGAGAAGAAGCUGAAGAAAGCACAGAAGGAAGAAGCUGAGAAGCAUCUAAGGCUGCAGGAAGAACUGAAAGCUCUGAAGAGAGAACGCUUCCUAUGGCAAUUAUAUAACAUUGAAAAUGAUAUCGAGAAGGCGACUGAGGAUGUUGAUGCUGAAAAGAGCAAUCGUAAAGAUGUCAUGAGAGAGCUGGAAAAGUUUGAACGUGAGGCAGGUAAGAGAAAGGUAGAACAAGCUAAGUAUCUGAAAGAAAUUGCUCAACGUGAGAAGAAGAUUGCUGAGAAAAGCUCGAAACUUGGAAAAAUUCAACCUGAGCUUCUGAGAUUUAAGGAGGAGAUAGCUCGCAUUAAAGCAAAAAUUGAGAGCAACAGAAAGGACGUGGAUAAGAGGAAAAAAGAAAAAGGGAAGCAUUCCAAAGAAAUUGAACAGAUGCAGGAUAGCAUUAAGGAGCUGAAUAAGAAAAUGGAAUUAUAUAAUGAGAAGAGACAAGAUAGCAGCGGAAAACUCCCAAUGCUUGACAGUCAACUGCAAGAUUAUUUUCGACUAAAAGAAGAAGCUGGAAUGAAAACCAUAAAGCUAAGAGAUGAGCACGAGGUUCUAGAGAGGCAACGGCGUACUGAUCUUGAAGCAUUGAGAAAUCUGGAAGAAAAUUACCAGCAACUAAUAAACAGGAAGAAUGAUCUUGAUGAACAAAUUAAGCGAUUUAAAGACAGGCAAGAAGAGAUUGAAACAUCUUCUUCGAAAUAUAAGAAUGAAACAACUAGUCUUAAAAAGGAGUUACGUGCACUGCAAGAGAAGCACGUAAAUGCCAGGAAUGCCUCUGAGAAGUUGAAGACUAGAAUCGCGGAAUUAGAAGACCAGUUAAGUGAUUUAACGGCUGAAAGGUAUGAAAAUGAGAGAGAUAGUAGGCUAACACAGGCUGUUGAGUCUCUCAAGCGUCUAUUUCAAGGAGUUCAUGGUCGGAUGACUGAUCUUUGUCGGCCAAAUCGGAAGAAGUAUAACCUUGCUGUCACUGUUGCCAUGGGAAGAUUUAUGGAUGCAGUAGUUGUAGAAGAUGAAAACACGGGAAAGGAUUGCAUCAAGUACUUGAAAGAGCAAAGGCUUCCUCCUAUGACAUUUAUUCCUCUUCAGUCAGUACGUGUCAAGCAAGUGUCUGAAAGAUUGAGAAAUUUGGGUGGCACAGCAAAACUGGUGUUCGAUGUUAUCCAGUUCGAUCCUGAAUUGGAGAAGGCGGUCCUCUUUGCUGUUGGAAAUACUCUUGUCUGCGACGAACUUGAAGAAGCCAAGGUUCUUAGCUGGACCGGAGAGAGACAUAAAGUUGUGACUGUUGAUGGUAUAUUACUCACAAAGGCGGGAACAAUGACUGGUGGUACCAGUGGUGGAAUGGAAGCAAAGUCUAAUAAAUGGGAUGAUAAGAAAAUUGAAGGUUUGAAGAAAAAGAAAGAAGAACAUGAACUAGAAUUGGAAAAUAUUGGAUCUAUUCGAGAAAUGCAAAUGAAGGAGUCUGAAAUAUCGGGUAAAAUAAGUGGACUUGAAAAAAAGAUUCAGUAUGCUGAAAUUGAGAAGAAAAGCAUCAAAGACAAACUUCCACAGCUUGAGCAAGAGAAGCGGAAUAUCAUUGAAGAAAUUGAUCGCAUAAAGCCUGAACUCUCUAAGGCAAAAACUGAGGUCGAUAAGAGAAAGACAGAAAUGAAUAAGUUGGAGAAAAGAAUGAAUGAGAUUGUGGACCGUAUCUAUAAGGAUUUUAGCCAGUCUGUUGGGGUUCCAAACAUACGUGUAUAUGAAGAAACUCAGCUGAAGACUGCUGAAAAGGAGGCUGAAGAAAGGCUGGAACUGAGUAAUCAGCUUGCUAAGUUAAAAUACCAGCUGGAAUAUGAGCAAAACCGAGAUGUGGGGUCACGGAUUCGAAAGCUAGAGUCUUCUAUCAGUUCUCUGGAAACUGAUUUGGAAGGUAUACAGAAGACAAUGUCUGAACGUAAGGAGACAGCAGUAAAAAUUACUAAUGAAAUCAACAAUUGGAAGAAGGAAAUGGAAGAGUGCAAAAAAAAGUCGGAGGAGUAUGAGAAGGAAAUCCUGGAUUGGAAAAAACAGGCUUCUCAAGCGACAACAAGCAUAACCAAGCUCAAUCGUCAAAUACAUUCGAAGGAAACACAAAUUGAGCAGCUGAUCUCGCAGAAACAGGAAAUAACUGAGAAGUGUGAGCUCGAACAUAUUACCCUUCCUGUCUUAUCAGAUGCUAUGGAGGAAGAUGACUCAGAUGGGCCACAGUUUGACUUUAGUGAGCUAGAUAGAGCUUAUCUCCAAGAACGGAGACCAUCUGCUCGUGAAAAAGUGGAGGCGGAAUUUAGGCAGAAAAUAGAAUCUAAAACAUCCGAGAUUGAAAGAACGGCUCCAAAUUUGAGAGCGCUUGACCAGUAUGAGGCUAUACAAGAGAAGGAAAAACAAGUUAGCCAGGAGUUUGAAGCGGCCAGGAAAGAGGAGAAGCAAGUAGCGGAUGCCUUUAAUACUGUUAAGCAGAAGAGGUAUGAGCUAUUUAUGGAAGCUUUCAACCACAUUGCUAGCAACAUUGACAAGAUCUAUAAGCAACUAACCAAGAGUAAUACGCACCCACUGGGUGGGACUGCUUAUCUAAACCUAGAAAAUGAAGAUGAUCCGUUUCUACAUGGUAUAAAGUAUACUACAAUGCCCCCAACAAAGCGAUUUCGUGACAUGGAACAGCUCUCUGGAGGAGAGAAAACAGUUGCGGCCUUGGCAUUGCUCUUCUCCAUCCAUAGCUAUAGGCCUUCACCCUUUUUCAUACUUGAUGAAGUGGAUGCUGCGCUUGAUAAUUUAAACGUGGCAAAAGUUGCUAAAUUCAUACGUAGCAAGUCAUGCCAAGCGGCACGUGACAAUCAGGAUACAGAGGAUGGGAAUGGCUUCCAAAGCAUUGUAAUAUCUCUCAAGGACAGCUUCUAUGACAAGGCGGAAGCUCUGGUUGGAGUUUACAGAGACACUGAGAGGAGUUGCUCGAGUACAAUGUCAUUUGACCUUCGGAACUACCAAGAAUCGUGAUUGGUUCGACAACCCUUGGUGAGGUUUAGGGUUUAGAUGAGCUUGCUGGGUUGAUGUCCAGUUUACUCACUCGAUGAUGGAGAUGGAACCUUACUUACCUCUCAACGUUAAAAACAGUGACUUGUUACUUCUCACUUCUUUUGAUCAAAGACCACCCCCUAAGAUUCAGUAGAUUUGUACAAGAUGUUAUUGUUUUGGGAUCAGGGUGACACAAAUAACACUUGUUAUCUUACUUGUCUCACUUAUGUUUCAAAACUUUGUUUAUGUACUAAUGUACGUAUAAUUCUGUUAGCACUUGUUGUUUAGGUAUUCUAUACCAGAUAUCUCUUUUGGUGUUUUUUUAUAAGAAAACAAUUUGUUUCUGGAUGUUAUUUCACCAGGAGAAUUUUGCCA